AUGCCAAACCAAAUAAGGGACGAUCUCUACAAGAUAGACACAGUCUCAUUCCCGUACAUCUACGAGGAGAAUGUGACCAUACGUCUCAAGGCUUUCGACGGCCUGGUGCGGUGCAACAUCUACAGGCCUCAAACCCAAGAUACAGUACCUGUACUUGUCACAUAUGGACCAUAUGGGAAAGACAUCCACUUGAGUGCUUUCCACCCUGCAUCUUUCGAUCAGCUGAACCCUAAGCACAAAUCAGCGCACACAUCCUUCGAAACUCCUGAUCCAGGUUACUGGACUGCAGCAGGUUAUGCCGUACUUCGCGCAGAUGAGAUUGGACUAGGACAAUCUCCAGGGGUGAUGGACACUAUGUCACAAUCUACAUCAGAUGCCUUCGCAGAUGUGAUUGAAUGGUCGGCAGAGCAGCCGUGGUGUAAUGGAAAGGUGGCAUUAACAGGCAUCAGUUAUUUCGGAGGAAGUCAGUGGAGAGUAGCAGCUCGACGGCCCAAAGGCCUGGUGGCGAUUUCUCCCACCGAUGGCAUGGCGGACUACUACAGAGAUCGCUGCCGACAUGGCGGGAUUUUGACUGGAUUUUUAUCACGAUGGUUUACAAACUCGGUGCUGUCAAAUCAAUACGGACUCCCUGGGAAGCUGAAGCGCAACUGGGGUCCCGACACGCUCGAAGGGGAUCUCUCCGAUGAAGAACUUGCUCAGAACCGAUGUGAUCAGGUUGCUGACACAGCAAAACAUCUUUAUCGCGACGAAGUAUACUACAAGUCUCGUGAUUAUAAUCUGGAAGACAUCGAAGUGCCUAUCCUCUCGUUUGCGAACCUGGGAAGCAUUAUGAUCCAUUUUCGUGGAAACUACGAGGGAUUCCGCUUAGCUGGAUCUAAACGCAAGUUUAUACGCUUCAUUACCGGACGUCACGACUUGCCUUUCUAUGAUGAUGAUCAUGUCGAGAUACAGAAGAGCUUCCUGGACGCAUUUUGUAAAGACGACGAUCGUGACGGAUGGACGAGCGGAAGGAAGCCACCGGUUGAUCUAGUGUUGCGAAAGGGCAAUGUUGGCUACAACAACCCCGAGGCUGAGAAGACAUUCAGACGCCGGGCUGAGUAUGAAUGGCCAAUCGCUCGAACACAAUAUACACGCUUCUAUCUUUCACCCGAUGCUCGCCUUGUACGGGAAGCACCCAGCAUUCAUUACGAUAGAGUUUCGUAUCGAGCGCUAGGAAACAUGGAGGCCCCGGAAGCUGUCAGUUUCAGUACGGCUCCUCUGCCAAACGAGACCGAGGUUACAGGCUAUAUCGUUGCCCAUCUCAAUCUCUCUGUCACUCCGCACCCUGGGGGCACCAUUCCUGAGGAUAUGGACGUCUUCCUGACUCUUCGCCAUGUCACUUCUAAUGGUUCUGAAGUACACUAUACUGGUAUCACUGGAGAACCCGUGCCAUUGAGUAAAGGCUGGCUUCGAAUGAGUCUGAGAAAAGUGAACAAAGAACAUCCGCGACAUCAGGAAUGGCUUCCACAUCGGGAUUACUUUUCUUCGGACGUCUUGCCUGUGCUACCGGGCGAGGUAUAUCUGGUGGAUAUUGAGGUCUGGGCCACAUCGGUGGUGGCUGAGAAGGGCGACCGGUUCGUGUUCGAGAUCGCCAGUGGUGAUACCGAAGGGGUCGGCAUGUUUGGCCAUGACACCCCCGAGCGGUUAGUGUUCCCUCAAUUCUCUCUGAGUAUAUUUUUCGCCGUUCUGUCUUUGCUGCCUGUUUGUGUGAAAUCUCAAGCUAAUCGGGAUGGCAUAUAG